ACUCUCUCUCUAUCUCUAUGUCUCUCUCCCUUCCUCUAUCCAUCUCUCUCUCUCAGUUGACGGGAGGUAAUCCCCGCCAUGUGAGAGGGCGGCACGAGCUGUGGAGGUGGGUUGUUUUUCAUUCAAAUCCUGCUGCACCUAUAAAAAGCACAACUCUGUGAGACAGAGGCUGAAAACAGAUGGGAAAAGGUGACUGAUACGAUUGUCUAUAUCUGCCUGCUUACAUUGCCGGCCAGACAUCAUCGGCAGGGCGAGAUGCAGAAGUCUGCAGGUGUCCUGACGGUGCUGGCCCUGAAACACACAGCUCUAUGUCUGGUUCUGCUGCCCCGGUUCCUGCUGGCAGCGCUGAUGCUGUGUCUCCUGGACGUCCUGUGCAUCAGGAGGAAAGUGCUGCUGAAGAUGGAGGGCAGCAGCCCCGAAGACCCGCCUGUCUGCGUCUCCGACUCCAACAAGAUGUUCACCCUGGAGUCGCUCAGGGCCGUGUGGUACGGGCAGAAAUUAGACUUUUUCAAAUCGGCGCACCUUGGACUUAUCGCGCCCAACACUGAGGUUGUGCAGCUGCAGGAGCGGCGCAGGGUCAGGGUCCUAGACUAUGUGAAAGGGAGGAGACCUCUCAUCCUCAACUUCGGCAGUUGCUCCUGACCACCGUUCAUGACGCGCCUGGCUGCGUUUCAGCGCGUCGCGAGCCAGUAUGCGGACAUCGCCGACUCCCUGCUUGUAUAUAUCGAGGAGGCGCAUCCCUCGGACGGCUGGGUGAGCUCCGACGCGCCAUACCAGAUCCCCAAGCACUGCUGUCUGGAGGACAGACUGAAAGCCGCUCAGCUGAUGCACUCGGAGGUUCCCUGCAGCAAUGUGGUAGUGGAUACUAUGGACAACUCGUCCAACGCGGCUUACGGAGCCUAUUUUGAGAGACUUUAUAUCCUGAGGGAUGAGCGGGUCGUGUAUCAGGGGGGCAGGGGACCGGAGGGCUACCGGAUAUCAGAGCUGAGGAACUGGCUCGAGCAAUACCGGAAUGAUUUGGAGAAUUCCAGCAGAACAGUGGUGGUCCACGUUUAACUUAAAGAUAACCAUUAGGCGCGUGAAGUGUCCACACGGUGAAGAAGUAUUCAGAUGCUGCUACAAACUCUUGACACACUGCACAUAUGACUAGGCCUAUACAUGUUGUUUUGGUUCAGAAGCAUUAUAGCAUUAUUACACAUAUCAGUAAUGUAUAUUAUGAUGUAAAACGCACGAUAGGCUUAGUUGUUCAGUUGUGCUCGUCUUGACACUCAUUAUUUGUUUGGUUGUUUGUUUUUGUAAGGAGCUGUCUUUGAUUUGAACCUGUGCAAAAGUUUUGCUUAUUUCAGUUUGACCUUCAUUCUUGAUUGUGAUCACUUUAUUUUUUAUACUAUAUGGUCUCUACUUUGGUGUGUGGUGUGUGUGUGUGUGUGUGUGGUGUGUGUGUGUGUGUGUGUGUGUGUGUGUGUGUGUGUGUGUGCUCGCGUGCUUGUGUCUGAAAGGCUAAUACCUUUUACUCUAGUGUUGUUGUGAAGUUCAGUUUUUAAAUGGUUUUAAACCAGAAAACUGAUACUGAUGUUGUUUGAUACUAGAGUACUUGGCGACUAGCAAUGUCCUCAACAAAAUGUUCUGUAAAUUGUGUAUAUUUUACUGAACAAAUAUUUGUAAUAAAAUGUUAGAACACAUUGAUCUUA